UUCUGUAAUAUCUCCCUCUUCUCUUCUCGUGAUAAGCGUUCGGUUCUUCACUGGGACCACUGUCGGUCGGAAAUGGCAGAGAACAAAGCAAUCAUAACCAGUCGUCUACAGUCCGUGAAACAGAAUUCCGGCAAGUCGUACGGUGAGAUAGCGCAGGAAACUGGACUCACCAACGUCUACGUUGCCCAGCUUCUUCGACGCCAAGCUCAGCUCAAGCCCGAGACUGCCCAAAAGCUACGAGCUUCUCUGCCCGACCUGACCGAAGAUCUUAUCCACGAGAUGAUGAAACCUCCGAUGAGAUCCUACGGCCCAAAUUUGAUCCAGGAACCCUGCGUUUACAGGUUGAAUGAAGCGGUUAUGCAUUUUGGUGAGAGCAUCAAGGAAAUUAUCAAUGAGGAGUUUGGUGAUGGCAUCAUGUCGGCAAUAGACUUCUACUGUUCAGUGGACAAAGUCAAAGGUGUGGACGGAAAGGAUCGUGUGGUUGUGACAUUCGAUGGGAAAUAUUUGCCUUAUAGUGAGCAGAAGUCGGAGCACAUGGUUUCAAGGCCUCAAAGAAGUAAGUGAAAAGCUUCAUACUAAAGCGGGAGUUGUGAAGUUCUUGUUUCUGUUUUGGUUUACAGCUUAAUUUUUUUUUUUUUUUUGAUGAAAUGACGUGCAGCUUAGAUUUAUCUACAGUUUGUAUCACCAGGAUUUGUCUUCAAUGUCAAACUCUAGUACUAUUUGGACUGCAUACUGAGAUUGUAUGAAAUUAUGAAAAGUAUGUGAUGUGAACCUCACAAAGAAUUGUGAAA